AACAGUUCGUCAGACACCUCGGUAGCUUGCUAGACUAAAUAGCCCAAACAACAAAGCUCUUCCGACGCUUUCGUGUAUAUUAGCCGCUGUAUGUCGUCUAGCGUUAGUUAGUUAUCCGAUUUAAUUUCAUAUUUACGGUGCUGUUGUUAUUGGUCAGCUAGCGUGCUGGUUAAGUUAGCAUUAGCCUAGCUAGCUAUCAUCUCCGACCAUGAGUUCACUGAGCUACUCACCUCCUGAUAAAGAAGAGGCGGUCUGCUGGACGGAGAAAGAAGCUCUCGUGAAAGAGGAGGAGGAGGAAGUUACAAUACAAAAACAAGUAGAGGGUGAGGCUGUUACGGUGAAAGAAGAAGAGAAAGACGUUUCAGUGAAAGAAGAGGAAGAUGUGUUCAGAGUGAAAGAGGAGGAGGAUGUGACAGUAAAAGAAGAGGAGGAGGAUGCAGUUUUUGGAGUGAAAGAGGAAGAGGAGGAGAUGACUGUCACAUCUAAAAUGGAGGAGGAAGAAGAAGAGGAGGAAACUGGAUAUCUGGGCCCAGUUUCCCAAACGCAUCUUAUGUCAUCCAAUGGUUCUAAUGAUGAACUUAACCGUAAGAUGCGUUUGAAAAACCGUUCCCUGAUUAACACUAGAGAGAGACCUGACUAUCGUGGAUCCUCUGGGGAGCCUCAGCAACCUCAUGACACUGAAGAGGCAGAGAAGAGUCUCUCCACAUCAGAACACCUCAAUAAACACCAGCGGAAACCCACAAGGAAGAAAUCUCACCACUGCUCUGACUGUGGGAAGAGAUUCACCUCUUCAACAGACCUUAAAAGACAUCAGAGAAUACAUACAGGAGAGAAACCUUAUAGCUGUGAUUGGUGUGGGAAGAGUUUUACUACAUCUAGCCAGCUGACUAUACACCAGAGAAUACACACAGGUGAGAAACCUUACCACUGCUCUGACUGUGGAACAAGUUUUGUUUCUUCCCAAUAUUUAAAAUCACACAAGAGAACACACACAAUAGCGAAACCUUACCACUGCUCUGACUGUGGAACAAGUUUUGUUUCGUCACAAUAUUUAAAAUCACACCAGAAAACACACACUGGAGAGAAGCCUUAUAGCUGUGAUCAAUGUGGGAAGAGUUUUAGUCACUCAAGCAACCUGAUGGUACAUUUGAGAAUGCACACUGGAGAGAAACCUUUUAGCUGUGAUCAAUGUGGGAAGAGUUUUACUUCAUCUAGUCAGCUGACUAUACACAAGAGAACACACACAGGAGAGAAACCUUACCACUGCUCUGACUGUGGAAAGAGUUUUGUUUCGUCCCAAUAUUUAAAAUCACACCAGAAAACACACAAAGGAGAGAAGCCUUAUAGCUGUGAUCAAUGUGGGAGGAGUUUUACUCACUCAAGCAACAUGAUAUCACACCAGAGAACACACACAGGAGCGAAACCUUGUGGCUGUAAUCAAUGUGGGAAGAGGUUUACUCAGCCAAACAUCCUGAUAGCCCACCAGAGAACUCACACAGGAGAGAAACCUUAUAGCUGUGAUCAAUGUGGCAAGAAUUACGCUGGUAAAAGAUCUCUGAUAAAACAUCAGAAAGUACAUACAUGAAGGGGUUGUUUCAUGAUAUCAAUGAAAUAAUGUCUCAAUGUAGAAUGUUUUAACAUUGUAGUAGGAGUGUUCUAAUGAUGUCACAAUGUAGAAUGCUUUAACAUUGUAGAAGGAGUGUUCUAAUGAUGUCACAAUGUAGAAUGUUUUAACAUUGUAGUAGGAGUGUUCUAAUGAUGUCACUAUUUAGAAUGCUUUAACAUUGCAGUAGGAGUAUUUUAAUGAUGUCAUAAUGUAGAAUGCUUUAACAUUGUCGUAGGAGUAUUUUAAUGAUGUCGUAAUGUAGAAUGCUUUAACAUUGUAGUAGGAGUAUUUUAAUGAUGUCACAAUGGAGAACCCUAAAGGUUUGUCCCCUGAUCUAUUGAUUUCAGCAUGAUAUGAAUAUUAGCCUCAUGGAGAAAAGUACAGGCUCUGAAUUGAAAGAGUACUAUUUAUGUGAUCAACAUAAACACAAA